GUAAGGAGGCCCCAGGCACUGUCUCCCUUUGUUCUCCCUUCCGCGGGCUCUGGCGGUAUUUCAGCGGUGUCUAGAGUGUGAUCUAUCGUCCUCUACCUGCCUGACUUUCUGUAGAAGUGUUUGUUGUUGGCCCAGCAGUUUGUUGUCGAAAGUGCCGGCCCCCGCGCCGGCGUCCGCCGCAGCCGGGUGGGAAGGCUCAAGAUGGCGUGCCUGUUGGAGACCCCAAUCCGCAUGAGCGUCCUCUCGGAAGUAACAGCUAGCAGUCGCCACUAUGUUGACAGGCUAUUUGACCCUGAUCCCCAGAAAGUUCUACAAGGUGUCAUAGACAUGAAAAAUGCCGUAAUUGGAAACAACAAGCAGAAAGCCAACCUCAUUGUUUUAGGAGCUGUUCCAAGAUUGUUAUACUUGCUUCAGCAAGAAACCUCAAGUACAGAGCUGAAAACUGAAUGUGCAGUGGUAUUGGGAAGUCUUGCUAUGGGUACUGAAAACAACGUCAAGUCUCUAUUAGAUUGCCAUAUUAUCCCUGCCUUACUGCAAGGACUAUUGUCCCCAGACCUGAAGUUCAUUGAAGCUUGCCUCCGAUGCCUGCGCACCAUCUUCACCAGUCCCGUCACUCCAGAGGAGUUAUUGUAUACAGAUGCUACGGUGAUACCACACCUCAUGGCACUGCUGAGCAGGUCCCGUUACACCCAAGAGUACAUCUGUCAGAUCUUCUCACACUGCUGUAAAGGCCCAGAUCAUCAAACAAUUUUAUUUAACCAUGGUGCAGUUCAGAAUAUUGCUCACCUACUAACCUCAGUAUCUUACAAAGUUCGAAUGCAAGCACUGAAAUGCUUCUCAGUUUUAGCUUUUGAAAACCCCCAGGUAUCGAUGACCCUGGUAAAUGUUUUGGUUGAUGGAGAAUUGUUACCACAAAUUUUUGUGAAGAUGUUACAGAGGGAUAAGCCUAUUGAGAUGCAACUCACAUCAGCAAAAUGUUUAACUUACAUGUGUAGAGCUGGUGCAAUUCGGACAGAUGACAACUGUAUUGUGUUGAAGACAUUGCCUUGUUUGGUUCGAAUGUGCAGUAAGGAGAGAUUACUAGAGGAGAGAGUUGAAGGAGCUGAGACACUCGCCUAUCUGAUUGAACCAGAUGUUGAGCUACAGAGAAUUGCUAGCAUUACUGAUCACCUCAUUGCCAUGCUUGCUGAUUAUUUCAAGUAUCCCAGCUCAGUGAGUGCCAUCACUGACAUUAAAAGGCUUGAUCAUGACUUAAAACAUGCUCACGAACUCCGCCAGGCUGCAUUCAAGCUCUAUGCUUCUCUCGGAGCAAAUGAUGAAGACAUCCGGAAGAAGAUCAUUGAGACUGAAAAUAUGAUGGACCGAAUUGUGACUGGCUUGUCUGAGUCUAGUGUCAAGGUGCGGUUAGCUGCUGUCAGAUGUUUGCACAGUUUAUCUAGAUCUGUGCAGCAGCUUCGAACCAGUUUCCAGGACCACGCCGUGUGGAAACCCUUGAUGAAGGUUUUACAAAAUGCACCAGAUGAAAUCCUAGUCGUAGCAUCGUCCAUGCUAUGUAAUCUUCUUCUUGAAUUUUCUCCAAGCAAAGAGCCAAUUUUAGAAUCAGGAGCUGUAGAGCUACUUUGUGGAUUAACCCAAAGUGAAAAUCCUGCUUUACGAGUGAAUGGAAUUUGGGCUCUUAUGAAUAUGGCAUUUCAGGCUGAACAAAAAAUAAAAGCAGAUAUUUUACGAAGCUUGAGUACUGAACAGCUAUUCCGGUUGUUAUCAGAUUCAGAUUUGAAUGUGCUGAUGAAAACACUGGGACUUCUUAGAAAUCUCCUCUCUACUCGGCCUCAUAUAGAUAAAAUAAUGAGUACUCAUGGAAAGCAGAUUAUGCAAGCCGUCACUCUUAUUCUGGAAGGAGAACAUAACAUUGAAGUCAAAGAACAGACACUGUGCAUCCUAGCCAACAUAGCAGAUGGGACAACGGCAAAAGAACUCAUUAUGACCAAUGACGACAUCCUGCAGAAAAUCAAGUAUUACAUGGGUCAUUCACAUGUUAAACUGCAGCUUGCCGCUAUGUUUUGUAUAUCAAACCUCAUAUGGAAUGAAGAAGAAGGUUCACAAGAACGCCAGGAUAAAUUACGAGACAUGGGCAUUGUAGAUAUUCUACACAAACUGAGUCAGUCACCAGAUUCAAACCUUUGUGACAAGGCCAAGACGGCACUGCAGCAGUACCUGGCGUGACUCGAGCACCCUGGGCACCUGUGAGCAUCCCACGUCCUUGUUAAAGGAAGUACAGGAACUAGCCUCAUUUGAUUCCUUCUAUUUGCACAAGUCACCUUGGACUGCAGGGAGCUGUUUUGCAAAAGCAAUUUGGUAGGCUUAGAUCUCAAAUUCAUCUUGAGAACAUAUUUUUGAGGUAGUAAUUUCCUCAGAGGACUAUUGUGUUUUGUUUUGGUUUGGUUUUUUUCCCGAACUACCUGGACUCUUUAUUAGAACAAUCGAUCGUUUUCCUUUGGACCUACAAUUUUUUGCCUAUGCUGCAGCCACUUUGGGAGUGAGAAUGAAUGUGUCUGUGUGCACACGGUUGUGUGUGUGCGUGUGCAUGUGGGUCAGGAUGAAUGGAUGUGUGAGGGGGGUAUCUUAAAAUUUUCUUUUCUUAUUUUGUGUGAAAAUCUCUUUUCUACAGAUUUUCCAGGGUUUAAGCAUUGCUUGCUGUAUAAAAAAAAAAAAAAACUUUACUGAAUUAUAUACAGUUUGAAUGAAAUGUUAUUUUAAAAACAAAACAGUUGUUAAGUGUUCCAUAAAAGUUAUGUUGAAUUUUGGUCAGAUGAAUAUUUGUAAGUAAAAAAAUAUAUGCAUUUCUGAACCUCAAUUUACAUAGAUUUUCUUUAUAAAAGAACAAAAAAAUUUAAAAAAAAAAGAAAAAGGAAAGGUUGGCUAUCGUUGGCCUGAGUAACAGGCAUAAUACAUGGUGCUGUGCAAAAUAGUAAGCUAGCCUCUUACUGCCGUCAGUAUCGGCCUGGCUCAAUAAGCUCUCCGACUUCAAGUCAGACGUACGGGGUGGAGUACAGUAAGGGGACAGAUUCAGCUUAGGUCUUUUGAAGCAUCAAAGGGAAAUAUUAACUACUGAUAGUGAAAGCCCAGCCAUAACCCUGGUUCCUUGGCAGGAACUGGGCACCCAGAGCCUCUCAACUGCCCUCAAUUCUGUCAUGGGUGUAGCAGUUAUCUGGCAAGAGUUAGAACCAGUCAUAGAACCUUAUGCUCAAGCUUAUCACAUCCUGGAAACAGUGUCGGGUCGCCUCGUGCUUCCUGAAGCAGCAUAUAUCACUAUGAGAUUUAAAAAUGUUCUACACACCCAUUUCUGGAAAGAAGCCAAAAGCAGGAUAGUUUAGAAAGCUGUUUUUCUCUGCGAGAUGUGGCAAAUUCCAUACUAGUCACUCAGGACUGCUGUUGAGUGCCCUUUUGGAAAAUGAUAAUAGAAAUUAUAGUGAGAGAUGUGGCUAAGACUGUUUCCUGCAAGAAGCCAAAAGCACUGAAGUUUGAAAGAAAGACAGGGACUCUCCCCAGGAGGACUGAAGAUAAGCUCUUUUCACGGCGAGUACUGCUUAGCCCUUCUGCACCCCUUAGCUUGGCGUCUGCUCCAGCCACUGGGUCAGCUUCAAGGUGAACUCAACAGAGGUUGCUCUUGACUGUUUGAAGAUAGAACCAGCCUUCCUUUCCCUUUGUUAAAGAAAGUCAAAGGCACUGUGGUCAGGAAGUGUGGUCUGUGGCCCAGAAGCUGGCCAUGAGUGCC